AUGAAAGCCCGUCCGUUCGCGGUUCUGGUCGCGCUUCUCGCACAUACGGUAUAUGCCAACGCCGCCGACAACAGCGUCACCGGCGUGCCCCUCCCAGCAGGUUUCUCCCGCGCCCUCUUCUACGACGAUUUCUCUUCCAACAGCAGCUUGGAUCUGUCCAAGUGGGCAUACGACCUGGGUACGCAGUAUCCCGGCGGCCCGGCUAACUGGGGAACCGGCGAGAUCCAGUCGUACACUGCUUCCUCCGACAACAUCUACAUCACCCACGAGAAGACGCUGCGCAUCGUCCCCGUCCAUGACGGUCAAGCCGGCUGGACGUCCGCCCGCAUCGAAACACAACCCGACUGGGACUUUGCCGCCGCCGUCGGCCAGCAGAUCCGUGUCGAGGCCAAGGUCAAGCUCGGUCUGGCGGAGGCCGACGAGCAAUGGGGCAUCUGGCCAGCUUUUUGGUCCCUCGGGAGCGCAUACCGCGAUAACUACCAGAACUGGCCGUCUAUCGGCGAGGUGGACUUUUUCGAGAGCACCCACGGCCAGCCAAGCGUUUGGCAGUCGCUGCACUGUGGCUCGAGCGCCUCCGGUGGUCCCUGCAACGAGCCUACGGGGCGCUUCCAGGAGGCCGGCAGCGAUAUUUACAACCGAGACGACUGGAACAUCUUCUCCUGGGAGCUGGACCGCCGCCACGGUACGGGCUGGACUGAUACCUGGAUGGGGCCGGAGGAGCGAAUGACGUGGUUCGUCAACGACAAGCCACUCUUCGUCCUCAAAAAGUCUGAUCUCGGUAAUGACGAGGCUUGGAACCAAAUUGUUGACGAUAAAAAGUUUUUGCUUCUUAACGUCGCUGUCGGUGGUAGCUUCGCUAAUGCCAGGGCCGGCUUCCAGACCCCGACGGAAAAGACCACUGGUGGUCUUGGUGCUGCCAUGGAGGUCGACUAUGUCGGUGUCUAUGAGUCCUGGUCCAAAUAA